AUGGAAGUUAUUGUAACUUUAGUAUUAAUAUUUGUGGGAAUUGUGAUCUUGAUUAUAUUUCAUGCAAGUUUAACUGAGUGGUUUUCUAGAAGAGGAUCAAUGAUUGAUAGAAGCAAAAGAAGAAUUUCCAAAAUUGAUUUGGAGAAGCUUCCAUGUUAUGAUUAUGUUGCUAAAGAAAAUACAAGUAACACUAUGGAUUGUGCAAUUUGCUUGGAGAAUUUCACUAUUGGAGAUAAGUGUAGAUUGUUGCCUAGUUGUAAGCAUAGUUUUCAUGCUCAAUGUGUGGAUAAAUGGCUUUUGGAGAAUUCAAUUUGUCCAAUAUGUAGAUCUAGGGUUUGUUCUUAUGGUGGAAAGAAAGUUAUGUGUAACAAUGGAGGAGGAAGCAUAGAAAGUGGUUCAUCUAGAAAUGUUGGUAUAGAAUUGAGAGAAAAUAAUCCAACAACAUUAGAAGUAGAAUCACAAGAACACUAA